AUGACGGCCAAGCUGGCCUACAGUCAGAGGGCUCGCGCUCAAUACCCCACCCCACCACCUAUUCUACCCGCACCUCAGCCUUUGCGGACCUCAAGCUCAAAAUCACACGUUGCCAGGCCAAAUAAUCUUCAAAGUCGCACUCAAGAAAACAGCAACACGCCAAAACAAACUUUUUCAUUCACCUCCAUACGGCUGUACCCAGGCUGUACCUAUCGCAAAUGCGGUCGGGUACUUAGAAGACGAAACACAAGACCGAUGGAAUGCACAGAUAAGCAGAGAGAACGAGGCUACCCCGCUCGCUAUAUAGACGCGUCCCUAAACGGCGUUUCUGUGCCGGGCUGCGUGGGGGAAUGGUUGCCAUGGGCGUGUCUCCACCAGUGCAAGGGACGGUUCAGGAACACAGGCACUGGGGGCCUUAGGUAG